AUUUGUGGGAAAUAUUUAUCGAAGACACGACGAGGGUAUUCUCUUUUUGUAGUCGUGUUACUGUUAUGUAAUAAUAUUUUGAUUUUGGUUGUCAUCUGUGAUUAUUUGAUGGCUUAAUAUAUUUAUAUAUAUAUACUUGUUAUUUUAAUCCGUCCAUCUAAGCCGUCCUCAUGUACAGCUGUUGUCUACAAAUGUUUUCAGUAUUUUUAAUAAACUACUGAGCUUUACCUGCUUGGAUACCGGUAAUUACAUAUUGUCGUCAUGGGUCUUUUGGACAAGUUAGCCGAAUUUCUUGGAAUAAAAAAGAAGGAAGCAAACAUUCUCGUGAUUGGACUUGACAAUAGUGGUAAAUCCACCAUAAUUAAUCAGCUGAAGCCACCCGAAGCUAAAAAUCAUGACAUUGUGCCAACAGUUGGCUUCAGCGUGGAAAAAGUCAAAUCGAAGAAUUUGUCUUUUACAAUGUUUGACAUGUCGGGUCAAGGACGUUAUCGGAACCUGUGGGAGGCUUACUACAAGGAGUGUCAUGGAAUUGUGUUUGUUAUUGACAGUGCGGACAAAUUACGAAUGGUGGUGGCAAAAGAUGAACUAGAUCUACUGCUAGAGCAUCCAGAUAUAAAGAAACGACGCAUUCCAGUAUUGUUCUUUGCAAACAAGAAGGACUUGAGAGAUGCAGUGUCGAGUGUCAAGUGCUCCACAUUGCUUGGACUGUCACAGAUAAAAGAAAAGCCCUGGCAUAUAUGUGAUAGUGAUGCAUUAACGGGUGAAGGGUUGCAUGAAGGGGUAGAAUGGCUUACAGACCAAAUUAAGGACCUUGUUGCAGGGAAAUAACAUGCAGCAAAAAUCAAACCUAGUUCCACCAUAGAGAGCUACACAUGGUGUAGGAAUGAUUAUGACAUGACAUUGUUUUCAUCAAUUCACUAUUUUUAUAUAUAAUUAUAUUUAUGUAUCACUGGAUAUUUUGUAAAUUUAAUGACGUUUGUUCUGUUAAUGUUUCAAAACUAAAUAACAGUUUGCAUGUAUCUGUAUUAAAAUGUUACUAAUUUAUAUAAAUUUAUUAUUAUAAGAUGAAAUAACUGAUAAUAUAUUAAAGAUUGUACUUGUCCACAA